AAGUGACGUCACAGCGCGAUGGCGGCGGCUCCUUCAGGCAGCUGAAGGGGGAUUUAGGCCCGGAAGAUCCGAGUCCAUCCGCGGCGGGGAGAGUGCGAGCGCGGCCGUCGGGGGCCGGAGCAGGGGCGGCGGCGCUCGGACUGUCCCAUCCGCCCCGUAUUGUGGCGCUGGGCGCGGCGGGGCGUCCGGAAAGCGAUGGUGAAAGCGGGGCCGUGAGGGGGGCGGAGCCGGCAGCCGGACCCGCAGUAGCGGCAGCAGCGGCGCCGCCUCCCCGAGUUCAGACUCAGGAAGCGGCCGGGAGGGCAGGAGCGAGCCGGGCCCGCCGCCGCCGCCAUGGAGCUCAGAGUCGGGAACAGGUACCGGCUGGGCCGGAAGAUCGGCAGCGGCUCUUUCGGAGACAUCUAUCUCGGUACGGACAUUGUUGCCGGGGAAGAAGUUGCCAUCAAGCUUGAAUGUGUCAAAACCAAACACCCUCAGCUCCACAUUGAGAGCAAAAUCUACAAAAUGAUGCAGGGAGGAGUGGGCAUCCCCACCAUCCGGUGGUGCGGGGCGGAGGGGGACUACAACGUCAUGGUGAUGGAGCUGCUGGGGCCGAGCCUGGAAGACCUCUUCAACUUCUGCUCCAGGAAGUUCAGCCUCAAGACCGUCCUCCUGCUGGCCGACCAGAUGAUCAGUCGGAUCGAGUACAUCCACUCGAAGAACUUCAUCCACCGGGACGUGAAGCCGGACAACUUCCUCAUGGGGCUGGGGAAGAAGGGCAACCUGGUCUACAUCAUCGACUUCGGCCUGGCCAAGAAGUACCGGGACGCCCGGACCCACCAGCACAUCCCCUACCGUGAGAACAAGAACCUCACCGGGACGGCGCGGUACGCCUCCAUCAACACGCACCUCGGCAUCGAGCAAUCUCGAAGGGACGACCUGGAGUCGCUGGGCUACGUGCUCAUGUACUUCAACCUGGGCUCCCUGCCCUGGCAGGGGCUGAAGGCUGCCACCAAGAGGCAGAAGUACGAGCGCAUCAGCGAGAAGAAGAUGUCCACGCCCAUCGAAGUGCUCUGCAAGGGCUACCCCUCUGAGUUUGCCACGUACCUGAACUUCUGCCGUUCCUUGCGCUUCGACGACAAGCCUGACUACUCGUACCUGAGGCAGCUCUUCAGGAACCUGUUCCACCGCCAGGGCUUCUCCUACGACUACGUGUUCGACUGGAACAUGCUCAAGUUCGGUGCCAGCCGGGCAGCGGACGAUGCUGAACGGGAGCGCCGGGACCGUGAGGACCGACUGAGACACUCCCGAAACCCAGCCACCCGUGGGCUCCCUUCCACGGCCUCGGGCCGCCUGCGGGGGACACAAGAAGUGGCCGCUCCCACCCCACUCACCCCUACCUCACACACUGCUAACACCUCCCCGCGGCCCGUGUCCGGCAUGGAAAGAGAGCGGAAAGUGAGCAUGCGGCUGCACCGCGGCGCCCCCGUCAACAUCUCCUCGUCGGACCUCACGGGCCGGCAAGACACCUCCCGCAUGUCCACCUCACAGAAUAGCAUUCCUUUCGAGCACCACGGCAAGUAGCUGCGCGUCUGCGUCGGAAGGCGGCACUGGAUUCCCGGUCGGGUGGCGUCCAGUGGUCUUCAGUCUGUCGUGCACCGAUGAGAGCGCCCCCUUGUGCCGCGAAGGGCAGACACUGAAUGCAUGGCUGAUCUACUCUGUUACAUGGCUUUACUAGUGACGCCCCGGGCUAGGACACCGGGCGCUCUCCAGGCCACCCACUGCGCAUCGCCCGUGGGGAGCACCCUAAACUAGACCGGACAGACCCCAGCGCUGCCGCCGCCGGGGCUGCACUGAGGCCCACGCGAACUCGUUGUCCCGGGCCGGGAAGAGACGCCGAGGGCGAGACGCUGGCAGGAACCAGACCCCCGGCCCAGAGCCGCGGCCCCCCCCGCCGCGGCGGCGCUCCACGCUGCCCGACGAGUCUGCCGUGACCACCUCCUUCCACUCGGUUCUGACAGUUUUGUAUCAUUUUGCUAAAAAUUAUUGGCUUAAAUCUGUGUAAAGAAACCUUUUUAUUGUU